AUGUACGGUGCAGCCUACAAGCUGCUAGCGGACGAAACUCGAAUUGUGAACGGUUUGAUCGGAUCACACUUCUCUACCAAAGUGUCUCUUCCGGGUGUGUAUACAAAGUUCACCUACGGCAAAAAUGAGCUGACAAUUUCGGAUCAAGAUUGCUCCUGUCCCCUCUUCAACUGCCGCAUUAUCCAGGAGUCUUCGGAUAUGGCCAUUGCUAUUAUCAACGGCACCAUGAGCAAGGAACUGGAUUACAUCACCUUUUCCGGCGAUAAUUCGCUCGUUCCAAUAACCGUCUUCUUUUUAAUCAAUAACACAUGGUCUCACGCGGGUACAGGCGACCUUCAACCGCAGGAGGUUCAACCGCUGAUCGUGAAGGCGAAGGGCAAAACGACGGUCACGCUUAAAUGUUCUAUGUCAGGUUGGCCGAUCUACUACUACUUCUACACGUCGGUGAAACCCACUGUGUACUACGAGAGGGGGUUUUGGGGACCUACAAACAAAACAUCGACGCAGCCGCAGAUCCUGUCUUUCGACAUCGACAUAGCAGUGACGCGCAUCAUUGGUACAGUGACGGUGAAGCAGAACCAAUCCAUCGACUUCUACACCUGCAAAUGCAAUGAUAAAUGGCUGACCCAUACCAUAGAUUGGAGUAAGUAA